AUGCCCCUCAUUGAUGAUAUUCCUCAGCUGGAUAGUGUUUAUAUCUUCAAUGAUACUAAAAUCCUAUCUGAAAAAUUGAUGAAAAAAUGGCAAAAAAUCAAGAGCGUUCAUACCGACAUCGAUGACUUAUGCCAAGGAUUUCAAUUGGGUAUUAAACAAUACCAUCAAGACUCAAUUGUUAUGAGUUUUGUUACCGUAAAUGAAUUGACUUCAACUGAUAAUUUAAAUCAGCUGGAGCCAACUUUUAUGUAUACUCAAAUAUUCAAGGAUAUUCUCCUUAAUAUGGAACAUGGUAAACAAGCCAUCAAAAACUUUGCUGCUUAUUGUCGACAUAAUGACUGCAUGUCGUCAACCAAUAUUGACCGUCUUGAGAAAGAAUAUCAUGCUCAAUUAGCUAUUUGGUGGUAUACUUCCCCAUUGAAUCUCUAUUCUAUGCUCAAUCAAGCACUUCGAAUGUUGGAUGCCGAUGUAAUCAUUAAUAUGGGCUUCUUCCUAUGCGAUGUACAUCAGCAAAUUCAACAACUGUACGAACAACAGGUCAAUAGUUAUGAAAGAAAACCUUUUUUAGUUUAUCGGGGACAAAGUCUUGUGAAAUCAGACUUUGGGAAACUUCAGAAAACAAAAGGUGGAUUAAUAUCAUUUAACAGUUUCUUGUCUACCAGUACAGAUAAAGAAGUGUCCCUCGGUUUUGCUCAAAUUGCUUCAACAGAACCAAAUAAGAUUGGCAUUCUUUUCAUAAUGUCCAUUAAUCCUUGUAUUAAAUCAACACUAUUUGCUUCCAUCAAAGAGCUGAGUCAUUAUAAAGAUGAAAAUGAAGUUCUCUUUUCAAUGCAUACAGUCUUUCGAGUGGGUGAAAUUAAACAAAUAGAUAGUAACGAUCAACUUUAUGAAGUUGAAUUACAAUUAACAUCGGAUGAGGAUCAACAAUUACGAAUAUUGACUGAUAGGAUACGGGAAGACACUAGUGGUACUGGAUGGCAAAGACUGGGUGACUUAUUGUGCAAAAUUGGCCAACUUAAUAAAGCUGAAGAACUUUAUAACGUAUUAGUCGAACAGGCAUCUGAUGAGGGCGAAAAAGCGCAUUAUUAUCAUCAGCUGGCAUUUGUCCAUUGUAAUCAAGGUGAUUAUGAAAAGGCUAUUUCGUAUUAUGAGCAAGGACUUUCAAUUACAGAAAAAACUCUUCCUUCAAAUCAUCCUAAAUUCGCUUAUGCAUACAAUAACAUCGCUAGUGUAUAUAGCAGCAUGAGAGAGUACUCAAAAGCACUUUCAUAUUACGAAUCAGCACUUGAAAUCUUUCAAAAAACUCUUCCCUUAAAUCAUUCUGAUUUGGCCAUUUCAUACAAUAACAUCGGUAACAUAUAUGUCAAGAUGGGAGAGUACUCGAAAGCACUUUCAUUCUACAAAAAAGCACUUGAAAUUGGAGAAAUAACUCUUCUUUUAAAUCCAUUUUUAUUGGCAGCUUUAUACAGCAAUAUCGGAGGAGUGUAUGACAGUAUGGGAGAGUAUUUGAAAGCACUUUCAUAUUACGAAAAAGCACUUGAAAUUCUCAAAAGAACUCUUCCUCCACAUCAUCCUGAUUUGGCUACUUCAUACAACAACAUCGCUAAUAUAACUCUUCCUUCAAAUCAUCCUGAUUUGGCUACUUCAUACAACAGCAUCGCUAAUAUGUAUUACAAUAUGGGCGCGUACUCGAAAGCACUUUCAUAUUACGAAAAAGCGCUUGAAAUUCGAGAAAAAACUCUUCCUUCAAAUCAUCCUAAUUUGGCUAUUUCAUACAACAACAUUGCUAAUGUGUAUCACAAAAUGAGAGAGUACUCGAAAGCACUUUCAUCUCACGAAAAAGCACUUGAAAUUCAGAAAAAAACACUUCCUUCAUAUCAUUCUGACUUUGUGCAAUCAUACAACAAUAUCGGAGGAGUGUAUGACAGUAUGGGAGAGUAUUUGAAAGCACUUUCAUCUCACGAAAAAGCACUUGAAAUUCAGAAAAAAACUCUUCCUUCAUAUCAUCCUGAUUUGGCUACUUCUUACAACAACAUCGCUAAUAUGUAUUACAAUAUGGGCGCGUACUCGAAAUCACUUUCAUAUUCUGAACGUGCUCUCAACAUACUUCAAUGUUCAUUACCUUCAACUCAUCCUACUGUUGAACAUCUGAAAACGAAUAUUCAAUUUUUAAAAAGAAAUUAUAAAGAAUAG